AUGAUCAGUGGAGGUGGAAGUGGUCUUGGAAAGAAGCUAAAGAAGCUUGUGGCCGGUAGGGGCAAGAGUAAGAAAAUAAUGGUGGAAUCUGAUUCAGAGGAUGACCGUCUGGACUCUGAUUGGAUGCCAUCUCAGGACAUUGGUGAGGAAAUUUUUGCCGGUAAUGCUGAUCAUAAUAUGGAAGAUGCAAGUGAUCAGGACUUUGAGAUUAAUCAUCAAGCAUAUGUUGGAUAUAGAAAAUCUUGGAAUUCAACUGAAUACACUAGAGCCAAAAACGUUUAUCAAUAUGCUCCAGAUAAUGAUACAUCUCAACCUCAUUUUCACACCAUGAUCCAACAAGAUGCAUUCUAUGGUCAUUUUCUCAAUAAGAAAGUUUUUGAACACAAAUGGAUAGAUUGGGCAUAUGUGAGAAGUCAGCGUAGCAUGGAUGUUCUAGCUGAUAUAUUUCAUGAGCUAGGUUUAUAUGAGUUAGUGAGCUUGAAAUGCAAUUGGAAUGCCACUGUCAUCCGACAGUUCUAUGCGACUGUUGAGAUUUCUCAUGAAUAUGAGAAAAUUGAGUGGAUGACAGGUACAAAAAAAUUUGAAGCUUCUUUUAGAGAUUUUGCAAAUGCCAUCAGAACAGCCUAUGAUAUUGUUUAUGGCACCAUUGAUGUUAAUGAUGAAGUAUGUUUCGCUGAAAAUGUGUGGAGUACCUUCUAUGAGCCACAGGGAGUUAUUCCUAGAUUCAUACUUGGAACAGUAACUGGAUUGAAGCUCUAUUCCUUUCCGCAUUUACUCCUAUCACGCUUCUCUCUCCAGUCCACUCCCCCUCGCCUCUUUCUUAUCCCCCAAGCAAGCAAGCAGAGGGAAGGGAAGCAGGGCCCGUCUCUCCCUGCGUCUCAUCUUCUUGCUCAGUCCAACGAUCCAGUGUUUGGUGCUUGUCUUCGCAAGCCCAACGGGUUGGGUGAAGACGACCAGCGGAAGCAGAUGAUGGGUUCGGGGCGGGAUCAUGAGCCGGAGCGGAGACCAGGGGAGGAGGAGGAGGAGGCCAAGGAAACAGAGCCCGGCGACGUCGCCGGCACGGAGGCAAGCUGCGACUACUGCGGCAGCGGCGCGGCGGCGGUCUACUGCCACGCCGACGCCGCCAGGCUCUGCCUGCCGUGCGACCGCCACGUGCACGGCGCCAACGGGGUCUGCUCCCGCCACGCCCGCACCCCGCUCUGCGCCGACUGCCGCGCCACCGGGGCCGUCUUCCGCCGCGCCGCCUCCGCCGCGCCCACGGGGGGACUGUUCCUCUGCUCCGACUGCGACUUCGGGAGGCACCGGGACGGCGGGGAGCCGCCGCUCCACGACCGCUGCGCGGUGCAAGCCUACACUGGGUGUCCCCCCGCGCACGAGCUCGCGGGGCUCCUCGGGGUCCCCUUCUUCGAGAAGCGGGCUGCCGCCGACAGCGACGGGUGGUGGAACAUCUGGGAGGAGCCGCAGGUGCUCAGCUUGGAGGAUCUGAUCGUGCCCACCACCCCUUGCCAUGGUUUCCAGCCUCUCCUCACACCAUCAUCGCCCAAGAACCGAAGCAUCCCGUCAGAGGGAAAGAUCAACGAGGAGAUCCUCCGGCAGCUCGGCGAGCUCGCAGAGUCAGACGGCGGUGUGCAGGCAGCAGCAGGGCAUGAGGAUGCAGAGCAAGCUGGUGACCAGUUCCCUUCAUGGGCACCGCCACAGUAUAUCACUGGGCAUGGCAGUUUUGGAAGAGAGAACAGCCGUGAGGUUGCAACCAUGCCUACACCGGGUUACGAGAAUAGCAGCUGGAACAACAAUGAUUACCAUGCCCUAAAUGAUGCAUGCAAGGUCGAGAUCGCAUAUGAGCAGGCUCCAGUCAGCUCAGCUGAAGCAUGCCUGUCAUCAUUUGUUCCGAUGUCGGAAAUUUGUCCCAGUAUGAGCAAUGGUAGCAGUAUGGAGGGUAACCACCAGGCAAAUCCUGGCUUUGGUGUGCCGAUGCAAGCUUUCCCCAAAAGGGGUGGCUUUGAUGUUGUUCCCUGCCCUGACCGGGACUCCAUCAUUUCACGCUACAAAGAGAAGAGGAAGGCAAGAAGAUUCGAUAAGCAGGUCCGAUAUGAGUCCCGCAAAGUUCGUGCUGAUGGCAGGCUGAGGAUCAAGGGGCGUUUUGCAAAGGCAAAUCAGACUUAAGCCUUAUUUUGCAAUCUAUUAUGCAUCUUGGACAUGAAGAAAAACCUAAUUAGGAGCAAGCGCAGAUAAUACAAAAAUGUGCCAGAGUUUUGUUUGUCUCCAGCUUCACAGCUGGUAAUUCUUAAGACAGUUCUAAUAAUGUAUGUUGCCGCCAUGUGGCUACAUUAUGUUGAGGAGAGUUGAUUUUAAUCCAACCCCUGUAUAUAGUCUUGCACUUGCAAACUCGACGGUUUUGUCAUGUUGGUAUAUCAUGUGCAGGCAAAGAGCACCGCCAUUAUGUUUA